AUGGCAAAGCACUGGGAUUGCGGAUGGGCUUUGGAUGAGUGUUCGCCCUCUUGGCCCACCGUCUGCGCCCUUCGUCGCACCGUGAUCCGGUCGCCGGAGACGACCGAGCCGCCUCUGGCGCGUGGGAAGCAAGCCUUCGAGCUGAAUGGUGGAACGGGCACUCACGUGGAUGCGCCCUCGCACUUCAUUGCAGGUGGACGUACUAUCGACCAGCUCCAGUUGAAUGAGCUCGUGGACGUCCCCUUGGCUGUGGUAGACGUUUCGACUGCGUGCAGUGCAGAUCCAGACCACCAGGUAAGUCGAGAGGAGUUCACUGCAGACGAAGAGCUUCACGGUCGCAUUCUUCCAGGAAGCCUCGUCUGCGUUCGAACCGGCUGGGCAGCGCGACAUAGAGAGGCCGAGACCAGCCUGCGCGAGGGAUGUCCCGGGCCCUGGACGGUUUACCAUGGCAAAGGAUGCGAAGAGGAUCUGCAUCCUGACUACAAGCUUCCCCGCAUGCACUUUCCCGGUGUCUCUGCUCAGGGAGCAGAGUGGCUGGUGCAGAACAGGGAGAUCGUGGGCUUGGGCGUGGACACGCUUUCGCCAGAUGCUGGAGCCAGUGAAGGCUUCAAGACUCACCAUGCAGUGUUGGGAGCUGAUCGGUACAUCGUGGAAAACUUGAACCUCGAGGGCCUUCCGGCGCGCGGCGCGCGGGUCACCGUGGCCCCGACGGCGCUUCGAGGAGCGCCGGAGGCGCCGGCGAGGGUCUUUGCCACACUAGCCUGA